GUAAUCACACCCUACUCAACCCUCCCCUGCCCUGCUCCACCUGCCCAGCUGCGUUUUUGGGCAGGGGAGACAGGGGGGCAAAGCCAGAGGCUCAGACUGGAACAAAGGACCCCAAAGCAAUGUGCUGACUGCAGCCCAGCCAGGACCCGGACUGCCCAUUCAGCUCGCCUGACUAUAAAUAACCCCUCUCCCCCUCGAGGAGAACAUCACUCUGUGGGGCCCCAGUCACCACAAACGCACCGUUUUUAACUUUUUAAUCGGGACAGUCAGGUAAGCCCUCUCUCAGGUCACCGCACGUUUCCACCCCUUCACUUUAAUCCAUUCCUCUUCUUCUGUUUUUAAUAUUCUAUCCCACUGCUUAGUGAUUCCACAGAGAGGGCUGCAUAAUGCAAUUUGAAUGAGAUGUCAGUAUUUUGAUGGAAAAGCCUUGCCUGGUUAUUAUGAAUUAUGAGAUACGAUAAUUCAGCAUGCUUUCCGUGGACCCAUGUACCUUGUCUAUGGAUACACAUAAAUUUACGUUUUAUAUGCUUGCUGUUAGUAUGCUUGUAUAUGAAAUAUCAUAAGCUCAUUUUCUGUGGGGAUUUAGAGGGUCUGUUUUCGGACACGCCCAACUCAGAAAUUUUAAUUUUAUUUUUACAGUCACAUUUUUUCUAGCGCAGUAGAUACCUUCUAUCCAGGGUGUGUUUCACGGCUCACGUGUUCAUAUAAUGAUCUUAUAAUGCCUGCGUUUUCACUGAAGCCGAAGUGGGGUUUUAGAAUCGUGCCUGAGGGUAAGGCUGGCUCCCAGCCACCCUGUCUGAUGCACAGGUGGGGGGCGUUCAGUACCCCACCUGUGUGACUCACACUGUUCUGUUAUUCUCUGAGCUGUGAGUGACUGUUCUGGGAUCAGAUUUACCCUCUGAACUCUGAUUGUGUGUGUGUCUGUGUCUCUGUGGGUGACUGUUCUGGGAUCAGCACUGAGGCAUCGAAUAUCAUGGCUUCGACGAACCCUAUGCCGAUGGGACCAUGGAAGAUCACAGUGUACGAUCAGGAGUACUUCCAGGGCAGGCGGGUGGAGUUCACCGCUUGCUGCCAGAACAUCAUGGAGUGCGGCCUGGACAACAUCCGCUCCGUAAAGGUGGAGUGUGGGGCCUGGGUGGGCUACGAGCACUCCAGCUUGUGUGGGCAGCAGUUCAUCCUGGAGAGGGGAGACUACCCGCGCUGGGAGGCCUGGAGCGGCAACACGGCCUACCGCAUCGAGAGGAUGAUGUCAUUCCGGCCCGUCUGCUCCGCCACCCAUAAGGAGUCCCGGAUGAUGGUGUACGAGGGGGAGGGGCUCCAGGGGCGGCAGUGGGAGAUCUGUGAUGACUACCCCUCCCUGCAGGCCAUGGGCUGGUUCAGCAACGAGAUCGGCUCCAUGCAGGUCAUGAGCGGAGCCUGGGUGUGCUACCAGUUCCCCGGUUACCGUGGCUACCAGUACAUUAUGGAGUGUGACUGCCAUGCUGGGGAGUACAAGCACUACAGGGAGUGGGGCACCCACGCCCAGACUUUCCAGGUGCAGUCCAUCCGACGGAUCCAGCAGUGAGAGGAAGGCCCCGGCCUCCUCUUCCUCCUCCUCCUCCUCCUCCUCCUGAACCUUCCCUCUCUCUGCCGUGCCGUGCCGGGGGGGCAGGGGGGGUCUGACGCAUGGCAGGCCGGCCAUUCUCUGGUUCUAGCCCCCACACGGCACAUCCACCCGUCACUGAUGGGACAAAAAUGAAAUGGUAAAGAGAAGGAGAGAGAGAGAAAGAGAGAGGAGAAAAGAGAGGGCGAGAGACAAAGAAGAAAAACAAAGAGUGUCUGUGUAGUAACGGCAAGAUGCUGCAUUCUCCUCCUGCCCCUUCAUCAUCUUCAUCAUUAUAAUUGUCAUCAUAAUCAUUAUUAUCAUUGUCAUCAUAAUCAUUAUGAUCAUUGUCCCAGUACCAUCUGUACAAGAAAGAUUAAUAAAGACAAUGAACUAGAAAAAGAGAAAUGAUUAAUAAACUAAGGAAAGGAGUGCCUGCCAUCUUCAUCUUU